AUAAUGUAUGUUUGACAUAGUAUUGACACAAAUGAUUAGGUUUCUUUUGUGCAUCAGGCGGGUUCGUAAUGAUAGCAUUUCUUUUAUUUUUAAUUAAUGGGGUAUUCUUUUUCUUAAUAAGUUUUCAUUUUGAGUUUAAUAGUUAUUCAUUAAUGUGGGAUUUUCCAGGAUUCUGGGGAAGGUGGUAUUUGACUUUGAAGACACAAAAAGGGUCGGUCUUUUCUUCUGGGGGGCAAAGGGUUAGGUUGCUUUUAAUGGAUUAAGAGGAGGCUAUGUAUUGAUGGGUUUCUUAAGCUGUUUGUUCUGAUGGAUUUUUUGAUGAUGGGUCAUCACGAAUUUGAGUGGUUUUUUAUUGUAUGGAAGUCGAGAUUUGAGUUUCUAACGAUUUAUGGUUAAUGGGUUUGGGGAAAUUCGGUUUCUUGAGCUCUGUAAAUUAUUUAGGAUUAUUUCAGGAUUUCGUUUUUGAUUUCAAACCUCCUUCUACCUCAAUCUCCCACAACGAGAAGGAGAUAAAGAUUAAGCAGAAUCUGUUUGGGUUUAAAGUCUUUUAGGUUUUUCCAAGUGUUUGGAUUACUGGGAUUUCAGCUAUGGAGGAAGAAGCUAAUUCUUGGUUAAGAAGGACAAAGUUCUCUCACACAGUUUGCCAUCGACUGGAUUCUUCAAGACUGCUUGCUCUCCCUUCUUUCGAUGUCCGGUCAGAGAGGGAAUAUGGCUUGAAAUCAAGACCAGGCGCCGGAGCAGCUUCGUCCAGUCAGAAUCAACAACCACAAGAACAUCUGCGUGUUCCCAGUAAUUUACAAGCUCGGCGACAUCCUCUUACCAAUAAGCAGAGAUCUUUUUCUCCUAACCCGCGAGCUUCUCUCUCUGAUGAGUUCAAGGAAGCAAGGUCUGAUAGAAAACGAUUCUCGACUCCUCAUCUUAGUAGAAAAUAUUCAAACGAUAGAGGAAUUAUGAGCAAGAUUUUCCAUAAAGACGCCGAGGAAUCAAAGUCAACCAAUUCCUUGCAAUCCUCAAAUACAAGUCCACUCAGGCACUUGGCUUCCCUGAAAGGACAUGACAAAUGGAAGAGCAAGAAGGAGUCUUCGUGGACGAAGUAUUUUGAUAAUGGUGGUGGCAGGGUUACUGCAGUGGAGACGGCAGAUGAAUGGACUGUUGAUUUGUCCAAGCUAUUUCUUGGGCUUAGGUUUGCUCAUGGAGCACACAGUAGGCUUUAUCAUGGGAUAUAUAAUGAUGAGCCUGUUGCAGUUAAGAUUAUUCGGAUACCUGAUGAUGAUGAUGAAAAUGGAACCUUGGCAACCCGAUUGGAGAAUCAAUUCAAUAGAGAAGUCACUUCUCUAUCACAUCUUCAUCAUAAAAAUGUGAUAAAGUUUGUAGCAGCAUGCAGAAAGCCUCCAGUUUAUUGUGUUAUUACGGAGUAUUUAUCAGAGGGUUCCUUGAGAUCAUACCUACACAAGCUUGAGCAUAAGUUGAUUCCCUUGGAGAAGUUGAUAGCUAUUGCUUUGGACAUUGUUCGAGGAAUGGAUUACAUUCACUCUCAAGGUGUCAUCCACCGGGACCUGAAACCUGAGAAUGUUCUCAUUGAUCAAGAUUUCAACCUAAAAAUUGCUGAUUUUGGUAUAGCUUGUGAGGAGGCAUCUUGUUAUUCAUUGGCCGAAGACCCAGGGACCUAUCGAUGGAUGGCACCAGAGAUGAUAAAAAAGAAGCCCUAUGGUCGGAAGGUUGACGUGUACAGUUUUGGACUUAUCUUAUGGGAAAUGGUGGCAGGAACUAUACCUUAUGAGGACAUGAAUCCCAUCCAAGCUGCUUUUGCAGUUGUGAAUAAGAAUUUGAGACCUAUCAUUCCAGGCGACUGUCCGCUGGCCUUGCGAGCGCUAAUUGAGCAAUGCUGGUCAUUGAAUCCAGAGAAAAGGCCCGAGUUCUGGCAGAUUGUCAGGGUACUGGAGCAAUUUGAGUUUUCACUUGCUCAUGAUGGAACCCUGGAUUUGGUACAAAACCCAACUUGCCAAGAUCACAAGAAGGGGCUGCUUCAUUGGAUUCAAAAGCUUGGUCCCGCACAUCCUAGUAUUACACCCAUGCCUAAACCUAAAUUUGUAUGAAUCUUUCUGGUGACCUUUCUUUUGUAGCAGACCAGGUCCAAUGUAAUUAAAAAGGUUUGCUCUCUGAGCCGAUCUAAUUUGUGUUCUGCUAUGUCACAUUCAUGUGAGACAGAAUUGAUAGACUGGCUGGGAUGAGCCGCGAGUGUCUCUAGUUUGCAAAUAUACAUAUGCUGAAUUUGGUCUUCGUUUUAGGGUAUUUUAUAAAUAUUGGGGGAAAGACAUAGCAAUUUUUUGAAAGGCUAUGAAUGUGAUAUGACUCUCCUUGUAAUAUUUUGCGAUGAUCAUGAUAGAUAAUCCAUUAUACCAUCCGUAUCUUUCGGAA